AUGGCCGUCUCCCGGGAGGAGACACAGGCAGCCACCACCAUCAAGGAGUUGACAACGCCCGCGAUAUUCCUUCAGAGGGAUGGCAGCCCAACCCGGCAGGAGCUGCUUCAAAGCCGUCCGAUGGAGAUCCGUUGUGAGAGUCGAGAUCGGUCGUCUCCCGACCAGAGCUCUAAGAUGUCUGUAGCUAGCCGUCUUAAGGCGGUCAUCAUCAACUGCAUGGUCAGCGUUCGUCCUUUGCGGCAGGUAGCAAUUAGAGUUAGGCCACCAUUGAGAAGGGAACUCACAGCUCCUAACUACUGCCAUGUGGUAUCCAUAAACGGCCCACAGCUUACUCUCAGUGAGAUCCUGGCGAAUCACGUCUUUAUAUUCGAUACCGUGUAUGAUGAGAGCUCCACUCAGCCAGAAGUGUAUGAACGAACAGCUAGGGAGGCAGUACGCAGUGUUCUGCAAGGAUAUAACGCCACAAUAUUGGCCUAUGGCCAGACAGGCACAGGAAAGACUCAUACUAUGGAGGGCUUCAUAACUGACUACUACAACGAUGUUCAGAGGGGUAUCAUACCUCGAAGCAUGGCAGAGAUAUUUGAAUACAUUACUCGUCACAACCACCUCAUAUUCACAGUACGAGCUUCUUACUUACAGAUCUAUAAUGAGACUGUAUCCGACCUGUUGCCGACCGUCGUUAAUCCUCCAUCAUCAAAUUUUAGUAUUCGUCAUGAUACCCGACGAGGAGUAUACGUGGACGGCUUGAGCGAGUAUGUUGUCCGAGAGCCCGGAGAUGUUUACGACCUAAUGCGGCGGGGGAACGCCUCUAGAGCUAUCGCCACGACCAAACUGAAUGAUGCUUCAUCACGAUCACAUGCAGUCUUCAUGAUGACCGUCGAGAUGUGCAACGACGAGGACUCUACUACGAGAGUGGGAAAGCUGAACUUGGUGGAUCUAGCUGGCAGCGAGCGAGUGCGGCUGACGGGAGCUACUGGAACACGUCUAGAAGAGUCCAAGAAGAUCAACCAGUCAUUAUCUGCAUUAGGGAAUGUGAUAGCGGCCCUUACAGAGGCCAGCCAGGUCGGUGGUGGCGGUCGGAGUCACAUACCGUAUCGUGAUUCCAAGCUAACGCGGCUAUUGGAGGACUCCCUUGGUGGCAACUGUAUAACUGUGAUGAUUGCGAUGAUUUCACCAGCGGCUGAAGCUUUUGGAGAGUCUCUUUCGACACUCAAGUUCGCCAAUAGGGCAAGGAGUGUCCGGAACACACCGGUGCUGAAUGAAUAUGUAUCAGAGCAGGAAGCUCGUCUACGCAAAUACGAGAUAGAGAUCCAGAAGCUGCGCAGUCAGCUCGCUCAAAAGUUAACCAUUGAUAUGAGCGACAGACAAUCAGAUAGAGUACCGAAUGACUCGAAAGUUGACGUGGAAGGUGAAAUCAGGUCAAGGCUGAUCGAGACCGUGAUAGAGUCUACCGCCGGCUACAAGACACCACUUGCCCUUACCACUCGCUUGGAUGAUCGUGACCAGAUGGUUUUGCAGUUGCAGCGCUCGAAAGAAGAUCAGGAUAAGGAUAUAAAGAGACUUCAAGAGAAAAUCGCAGAUCUCAAGACCAGGCAACUACCGAGGACGCGUUCGCAUCGAUAUCUCAGCGCUGAUCCAAUCAUGGACCGGAUCAUGCAUCGAAUAGAUCAGAUCUUGUCGCCCGAAGCCGUCAAGGUGCAGUUGAAGCAGACUAUGAUGGAGGGCCGGGAACUGGUGGAAGUCGAUUCACGAGUUACGCUACCACUGAGCGUGAUGCUCAUUGGACUGGGCAAUCCCUGUCAACUAGAAGCACAGCAUCAUUACAUGCCUCCUCGAUACCCUCUUAUCGCGGCGCAAGCUACCAUUCAACAAGGCACGCUCGUUCACGGUCUGUAG